GGUGCGCAUGCGCUGGGCGCCCCGCACCAACAUGGCCGCCGCCUCCCAGUGAGCCCUGCAGCCGCGAGCCGGCCGUUGCUGGUCAUACUCCCUGAGUGCCCCGCACGGACAUGGCGGUCGUCUUCGCGGGGGUGACUUUAAUUCUCGGUUUUCGGUUAUAGCCGGCUGGUGCUCAUUUCUCUUCAGAAAGCUCUGAGCACGGGGAAAAGGAAGGGUGGGUGCGGAGGUGAAAAGUGAGGUCCAGCUCCUGACGGAGGAAGAUGGCUGAAGGCGAGCGGCAGUCGCCGCCAGAUUCCUCGGAGGAUAUCCCUCCAGCCACGCAGAACUUCAUCAUUCCAAAAAAGGAGAUCCAUACGGUUCCAGACAUGGGCAAAUGGAAGCGUUCUCAGGCGUACGCCGACUACAUCGGAUUCAUCCUCACCCUCAACGAAGGUGUGAAGGGCAAGAAGCUGACCUUCGAGUACAAAGUCUCUGAGGCCAUUGAGAAACUGGUCGCUCUUCUCAACACGCUGGACAGGUGGAUUGAUGAGACUCCUCCAGUGGACCAGCCCUCUCGAUUUGGGAACAAGGCCUACAGGACCUGGUAUGCCAAACUCGACGAGGAAGCAGAAAACUUGGUGGCCACGGUGGUCCCCACCCAUCUGGCAGCCGCUGUGCCUGAGGUGGCUGUUUACCUAAAGGAGUCAGUGGGGAACUCCACGCGCAUCGACUAUGGCACAGGACAUGAAGCAGCCUUUGCUGCUUUCCUCUGCUGCCUCUGCAAGAUUGGGGUGCUCCGGGUGGAUGACCAAAUAGCUAUUGUCUUUAAGGUGUUCAAUCGGUACCUUGAGGUGAUGCGAAAACUCCAGAAAACAUACAGGAUGGAGCCAGCGGGCAGCCAGGGCGUGUGGGGCCUGGAUGACUUCCAGUUUCUGCCCUUCAUAUGGGGCAGUUCUCAGCUGAUAGAUCACCCGUGUCUGGAGCCCAGGCACUUUGUCGAUGAGAAGGCCGUGAAUGAGAAUCACACGGACUACAUGUUCCUGGAGUGUAUCCUGUUUAUCACGGAGAUGAAGACGGGUCCCUUUGCCGAGCACUCCAACCAGCUGUGGAACAUCAGUGCUGUCCCCUCCUGGUCCAAAGUGAACCAGGGUCUCAUCCGCAUGUAUAAGGCCGAGUGCCUGGAGAAGUUCCCUGUGAUCCAGCACUUCAAGUUCGGGAGCCUGCUGCCCAUCCAGCCUGUCACUUCGUGCUAGGAGGCGCUGAGCAGCCAGAGCGUCCAGGCUGCAGUUCCUGUGCCCGCCCUUCCCCCCCCAGCUGCGCCCCCUCCCGCCCCCUCCCUCUGUUCUUUCUGUUUGCUGAGAGGCUGUUGACUGGGGUGGGUGGUGAGCGCGGGGUUGAGGAAGGUUCGGGGCAUAAGGCUGAGGGAGAAGUGACCAAAGUAUGGCCCGUUUCCUGCCUUCCCCUGUGGUGGACAGGUAAGAAGAGGGGCUGGGACAGGGUCCCUGGGCCCUGCCCCUGGUCCCGGCCUUCCUCUGCUCCCCACUGUCCAGGCCCUUUUGGAGACGCCCGUUGUUCUGCACCACUGUGGGGAGAGGGAGGUAUCUCGCCGCUUCCAUUGCUUUCCCUUCCCAUGUCCCAUUGCCUUUCUCGGGGUUGGAGCACUUGCUCCCUUCAGGGUGGGUCAAUUUCCCAAGCCAUGUUUGGGGGGCCGUCUGGGUGUCCUGAGGGCUGGAGGCUGAGGCUGGCGGCCAGGCUGGGGUGGGGUAGGGCAGCGGGCAGUGUUGGCACUUCUGGCUGGUGACCCUCCCAGCUCCUCCUCACGGCUGCCCCUGGGCCUGCGGGCACCUGUGUCCAGUGCCUCAUCCUGCUUUUCUGUUCUCUGGCCCUUGGUUUUGCUGGUUUCCUGCCAUAGGCACACCUGUCCUCUCCCCAGAGUAGCCUCUGGAAGCUGCCCUUGGGGUGGGUGCUGGGCUCCUGGGAGGGGCCCAGCAGGGCUCGCUCAGGGCUGAUUGGGUGAGGCCUGCCUUUGCCAAGCGGGCUCUGCCUGGUUGGGGCGAGGCUUGGGGCCAGUUUUGGUUGGUGAGAAUCUGGAUUCUUCUCGGUACAUUCUUAUGGCUGCUUCUGUUCCCUCCUCACCGCUGCUUGCUUCUCCAAGGCCCUUGGCCCUGCUUUCCUGGCUCUCUGGAUGGGUUGGGCUGGCGGUGGGAUGGGGAGGGGAGCUGGCCACAGGAGGGCUUUGAAAGCCCACUCCCUUGUCCUCCCACCUCCCUGAAUUCACCUUUGGCCUUCCAGGAUGAGCUAGUGAUGGCUCCCUGAGCCCAGGCUUUGGCACUGAGGAGGGGCAGCUGGGCUGAGCUCGGUAGGCCUACCUGAGGGGUCAGGGAUACUGGUAGCAGCUUGCCGGUUCCAGAGUUUUCUUCUAGGGCAGCUCCCAGGCCUGGCUCUUGCAGACUCUCCCCUGCCCAAGCCCAGGCCUAUUCUCACUAUCCCCUCCUCGUAUCUGGGGCCACAUAACCUUUGAGAAGGGGGAGCACCCGAGAAGCACAAUUCAGGGGCUUGACCCUUGGAUGUGGGCUGAUGGCCUGGGCAGAAGCUGGGACAUGAGUCACAGAGACAGUUUUCCAAGGAGAGGUUCCCUGCCUACCUCUCCUGGGGUCUAGACCAGUGCCUCCCGGGCCCCUCCUUCCUGUGCCCCCAUGGCCCCGAGCCCCUCGCGCCUUCAUUGCUGUUUGGAUUAAAGCCUCUGUUUUGCACCUGUCA